AUGAGUCCGUUGUUCAUUCAUAACAUGCUGGAGCAAAACAAGUUCAUUCGAUAUGUGGAAUCGUUGCCGGUGAAAAAUGACACAAAGAACACGAUGAUGAUGGUGGCGAGGAUUAGAAAGCAAUUGCCAGAGAGCGAUGAUUACAACACGACCACUUUCUUGAGCUACAUUGCACAGUAAGUUGGAGUUUUUACUUUUAUUGGACAAUAUCUCCUUUUUUUCAGUUUCGACAGGUACUACCCCGAUGAAAGAGACGCAAUGUACAAGUUUACCACCAUUCGGACAUCCAUGAACGAAAUAAAAUCGCUUCAAAAGGAGAACCCUGAGGCUGUUUUUGGGUUGACUAAAUUCUCGGAUAUGACUACGAAACAAUUUGUCGCCACAAGGACAUGUGGCGGAAAAUUUAACCCUUUAUCGCACUUUGGUGUUGGAAAAGGUGAGAAAAGUUUUUUCUGAGGCCUCAAGGAAUUAUUCAUUGAGUCAAGUCUCACCUUCGAAGUCCAGUCGUCUGUCAAUCCUUCCUUCCUUGAGCCGAUGCUUGAUCCUCGGGUCAAGUCUUUCUUUCUUGGGUCAAGUUCAUGUUUGCUGAGGCAAGCUCUUCUUUACACGCAAAAAAUAUUCUGUUGAUGAAUUUUUUCCACCUUUGCAGACUCAAAAACCUUCAAAAUGGCCCCUCCAAAACGUCGUUGUCCAGACUCCUUUGACUGGCGACGUCAAGGGAAAGUAACCCCCGUAAAGGACCAAGGACAAUGUGGCGCUUGCUACGCCUUCGCCGCUGUAGCAGCGGUCGAAAGCCAACACGCCAUCAAAACCGGAAGAAAGGUUCGUCUAAGUGAGCAAGAAGCGAUUUCCUGCACUUAUCUCUCGCUUUGGUAUGGCUUUAAUUUGGGAUGCUAUGGUGGGCAUUCUGAUGGAGUUUUGAACUACAUAAAGUAUUAUGGCAUCGGGAGUGAGAGAGACUUUCCAUCAGUUUCCUCAGUGAAUCAGAGUGUUCCAUGGUGCCAGAGGAAAAAGAGAGUAGCUAGAAUUUCAAGACAAGAAAGGUUGAUCCCAGGAGAUGAGGAGAAUAUGAAAAAUGUACUGAGAAACGUGGGACCCGUUGUUACUUGUAGGUUGACAAUUAGUAAUAUUAUAAAGCGAAUAGAAAACGCCAGAUACUUUCAACUCGCUAAACUGUAACGAACCUAGCGUCUAUACCCUUUUGCAGAUAUUGAUGCCGAGCCUCUGAAAAACUACAAACGUGGGAUCGUCCGCAGCAGUGGACGCGCUGUAAAUCACGCUGUUCUAACAGUUGGCUACGGCCGUAACCAUUGGAUAAUCAAGAACUCCUGGGGCAAGAACUGGGGAGAAGAUGGAUACUUCGGGGUAGCCAGAGGAAGAAACGCCCUCAAAAUGGACGAAUUCAACUUUGCUGCUUUCAAAUAA